ACAGCGUGGAAUGUCCCAGGGGGGCUCGCUGGGUGGUUGGCGAGGCGAGGGGCGACUGCAGGGUUCACCUCCUGCACACUGGAACAGUCCCUAUAUGCUCAAUUAUCACCUGAAAGCAUUACACCCACAAGAAGAAGUGGAAGUGAGGAUGGAGAGGGAGAGAGCAGGCUAGCUAGCUAGCUGGUUGGCUGUGCCUAAAGGUGCAGCCAUGAGCUCCCAGGUGGGGGCCAGCGGGGAUGUGAAGAAGCUGGUGAGACACCAACUUCCCCGAAGGAAAGUCCAAAGACUCACCAGACAAGAUGAGCAAAAUGAAGAAGGACAUAUGAGCAGACAAGAUGAAAGAUGGUCACACAUCAGGAAGACCAUCAGCAUUGCGACUGUUGGGAAUGCCUCAGGAGAAAGUAUGGAGAGUCUGUCCAGCUCUGAUGCAGAGGGAUCGAACAACGUGCCAAGAGGAAGCCCCAUCAUCAGUGUGAACCCACGAUCAACCACCUCCAUUCAAGCCAGAUGCACUCCCGCAUCCCCUCAAAGACCUUCAUCAUCCAGUACACCUGCAGUUCAGCCACCCAGCUCUCCCAGCAGAGACCCUCAUCCAUUUUGUGUGAGGACAGGACGAUCACGUGAGGAGGAGGACGCGGGGGGCAGUGAAGUGAUUGACAUGUUAAGCCCACCUUUGACCCCGAUUCAGCAGCUGCCGUCGGUUGGAGAGAGGAGGAUGAGCAAAAGGGAGAGGAAGAGGAUAAAAUGUCUCAGGAGGAGGCAGAGGAGGAAGGAGCGAUGGCGACAGACUCAGCUGCAGAAUUCCACAGCUAACGUUAGCAGCAGCAGUAGCAGCGACGAUGAUGAUGAUGAUAAUGAUGAUGAAGUGGUCUGCGACAAAGAGGGGUACAUCUGCGCCGUGUGUCUGGACGUCUAUUUCAGCCCGUACAUGUGUCAGCCAUGCAGGCACAUCUUCUGUGAACCAUGCCUGAGGACACUGGCCAGGAACUGUCCCGCCAACACCCCUUGCCCCCUCUGCAGGACCACCAUCACGCAUGUCUUCUUCCAGAAGGAGUUAAACCAAAUAGCAAGGACGAUCUUCCCAAAGGAAUACCUGUGUCGGAAGCAGAACUUCCAGAAGGCAAGUUGUGCAAGAUGGCCCCUUCCAAGCUGCAGGAAGCUCUUCAGAAUAUUUGGAGGUUUCAGGAGGCCUUCCAGUCCCAGGGCUCGGCAUCAGUUGCCCCGUGGAGGAGCCUACCGUCUGGAUGCUUUGGACUUUGAUGAUGACACCCAUGGGUGGCACUUUGACAUGGAGAUGGUCAUCAUAUACAUCUACUCGGUCAACUGGAUUGUUGGCUUCUUCAUCUUCUGCGUCCUCUGUUACUUCUUUUUCCCAUCUUUUUGACAACAUGAUUAUGAUGAUGAUGAUGAUGAUGAUGAUGAUAAGAGUGUGUUUUAGAUGGGGUGGCGAGUGGAGUUUAGACAACAACAGUGUCAGCCAUUAAACGAAAAUGUUAGAGGGAAACAGAAUAGAUACCGCUGUGAUCAUGAGAACCAUCGGUGUAAUGAAAUGGAAAAAAGGGACACAGCAUUAGGUACACCUGCACUAUUAAAUGAUAUCCAAUACAAAAGUGGUAUCACAAAUUCUGCCUUUACAUAAAUAAUAAUGCUUAAGUUAUCAAAAUUACUGUUCAUGAAAAAAUACUUAUUUUUAUUAUUAUUAGAAAAGUCCUGCCCUGUCCAUCAAUAUGAUACAAUACCCCCAACACAAUUUAUGUUUUUUGUUUAGUAAACAUGUGUAAAAAUAUAUAUUUGAACAUUUUAUUUAAAAAUGUACAACAAAUGUAUUAUAUUAAACUAUGUUUGGGUGUAAAACUGCACUGCAAUAUACUUAGAGCUUUCUAGUAUUUCUAGUAUUUUCAGCGUGUAUUUCAGCGUGAAGGUGUACCUAAUGAUGUGUCCAUUGCAUAAUAUGACUAUACAUAAAAUUGCCAUUAAACACAUUUAAA